GCCCAGGAGUGUUGGGCAAUUUCGGUUUCCUCCGAAGCCGAAGGAUCCAGGCGUGCCAGCCCUGCCCCGGGGCGUCUUGGAGCCCUGUUAGCUCAGGCAUGGAGGAGAGAGUUGUGCGGCCCUCCGUUUUUGUGGUGGAUGGACAGACAGACAUCCCGUUCAGGAGACUGGGACGAAGGCACCAGAGACAGCCCUGCUGCACGGCCCGGGUGGGCCUGGGUCUCUUGCUGCUGCUCAUAGGUGCUGGGCUGGCCGUCCAAGGCUGGUUUCUGCUGCAGCUGCACUGGCGCCUAGGCGAGACUGUCGCCCGCCUGCCGGACAGAGACACAGGCUCCUGGGAGCAUCUGAUGCAAGAGCGGAGGUCUCACCAGAUCAACCCAGCAGCACACCUCACAGGGGCCAAUUCCAGCUUGAUAGGCAGCGGGGGUCCACUGCUGUGGGAGACGCAGCUGGGCCUGGCCUUCCUGAGGGGCCUCAGCUACCACAAUGGCGCCCUAGUGACCACCCAGGCUGGAUACUACUACAUCUAUUCCAAAGUGCAGCUGGGUGGGGUGGGGUGUCCACAAGGGCUAGCCAGCGGCCUGCCUGUCACCCACGGGCUCUACAAGCGCACACCCCGCUACCCUGAGGAGCUGGAACUUUUGGUCAGCCGGCGUUCACCCUGCAGAAGGGCAGCCGGCUCCCGCGUCUGGUGGGACAGCAGCUUCCUGGGUGGCGUGGUGCACCUGGAAGCCGGGGAGGAGGUGAUCGUGCGUGUGCCCGAGGAGCACCUGGUCAGACUGCGUGACGGCACCCGGUCCUACUUCGGGGCCUUCAUGGUGUAACAGAAGGAGUGUGGUGGGCUACAUGUGGGCCUGGCAGGCGGAUGCCUUAGAAGGUUUCUUGGAAGACACAAACCCUAAGGAACCUGAGGUCUUGGAGGGCCCCUAGGGAACCCAAAACUCAGAAGAUGAAGGACUCAGUGGCACUUCCCAGGACCAAGGAUGCAGACACCCUGAGAGGCUGAAGACCCAGCAGGUGCCUCUGGAAGACUCAUGCAGACCUUAGACCCUGCUACACACAGUACUAAAGACAAAGACCCAGAGACUUGGAGUCUGCAGGCCCCCAAGCAUGGGGUGAAGUUGAUUUGCCUGAUAUUCAGGAAGAAGGGGAGGGGUGGGUAUUUAUACUUUUGAUUCAGAAGAAAGUGGGACUUGGGAUUCCAGGGAAUUAGCUGGGAAUUGGUUGACUUCAUCAACUUCCCUUCUCUCGUGAGUAUAGGUGACAGGGCGGGAGACCUCUCAUCUGGACUCAUCCAGGCAGACAGCCUACUCACCCCACCUGCAGUCACAGUCAUAUACUCAGCUCUCACCCAUGGGCUUGUGGCCACACCUCGGCCUAGUCACAAAAAGCUACACCCAGAGACGCAGUCACAGAAAUGUGCUUAUAACUGUGUAAGAACCACCUCUCUCUGGUGUAGAGGAAAACUUUAUAGUAUUUGCCAACUUCCAUGGUGUAAAUACUGCCAUGGUGGUUGAUUUCCGGCUAACAAUACAUCACCAACCAGUUGGCUGUGUCCCGUCACUGCUAAGCACAGACAUGUCACAAAUACACCACUGCUGUGUCCUCAGCAUCCAGCCCAAGACCAGGCACCCAGGAAAAACACACUCACUGAAAGAAAGGAGGAAAGACUGACUACACAGUCAGACCCGUGGCACCACACAGAAUCUAUCACGCGGCUACAUAACAUCCGCCCUCUUUCACAACUACAGACUCAUGCACACACAGCCUCAGAUUCAUACAUAGUCAGAUGGAAGUCAUACACAGCAUUGCAGAUAGCCAUGACACUGCAUGGCAGCCACACACAGCUCACAACCACGUGGUCACCAACAGGGGUGCCACUGUCACACUUGGUAACGCUCACCACAUCAGAUGCAGAUACAUCCCAUCAAGGCCAGACCCAGUUACACACACACCAUCACAAUGAUAAACACACAAUAUCACACACACAUACACACACAGCCUUGAGGUUUCUCCCCAGCCAAGAGUAACAUACCCUGGGGUUAGGAGCAGACCUUGCUAAUAACCCUGGGCCUCGUAGCUACUACUGGUCCUUAAAAUAAAAUGACACAGUUUCACCUGGAUCUGUUUAGUUCUUAGGGGAAGGAAUUUGGGGUGGGCUGUCAGACCCACAGAGCCCCAUGGGAGGGGGAGAGUCGGAUAGGGAGCAACAGUCAGCAACGGGUACUCAUAGAGGCAGAGUGAGGGUAUAACGACCCAUAGAGGUUAUUUUAGCAGAUGAGGAACCUGAACCCAGUUAGCCCUGCUCCUAGCAGGAAAUGUGGGGGAACCAAAGACCCUAUGCCUAGUUCUACCUUCCCCUCAAAUCCACAGCUCCUGAGGAAGUGAAGGCACCCUUAUUGAGGACUUGCAGGACAGUGACAGCUUACCAAGCCAGGUGGGAGCUUGGAGUAAGCAGGAGCAUGCGAAAUUGGGGUGGGGCAGAGAAUGACACAUAAGAGGAUCUAUGCAAAUGAGCAGUGUCAUGAUGUGGCAGUAGGGAGGUCUUAGGAUGAGGGCCUAGACCCCAGAGGUGGGUGAAUUUCUAUCACCGAUUGUUAUUACUGACAUUGUUCUUGUCACUGUCGCGUAGUAGCACAGGGUAAAGGAAACAGGCUUUGCAAUUCUGGGUUCCAAGUCCACUCUACCACUUAUGAGCUGUUUGACCUUGAGCAAGUCCCAUUAUCUCUCAGUGCCUCAGUUUCCUGAUCUGUAAACUGGGGGGUAUAACAGUAAAGGUUGAACAUCCCUAAUCCAAAAAUCCAAAAUUCCAAAUGCUCUAAAAUCUGAAACUUUUUGAGCAAUAACAUGAUCCUACAAGUGGAAAAUUCUGCACCUGACCUCAAGGGCCAGGUUGCAGUCAAAAUGCAGGCUCACAAAACAUGGUUUACUUGGGGUGCUCAAGGGAAAGUCCUCUUUAUAGCUGUGCUACUAUCUUUCCCUCACAUGCUAGAUAUGUAUGUCAUAUUCUUAUUAUUAUUAAUAUGUACUUAUAUGUGAAUAAGCAUAAGAAAAUGUUUAUCAAGAGUAGGUAAAUUUAGGUGGCGCCUGUGGCUCAGUGGGUAGGGCGCCGGCCCCAUAUGCUGAGGGUGGCAGGUUCAAACCCAGCCCCGGCCAAACUGCAACAAAGAAAAUAGCCAGGCAUUGUGGCGGGCGCCUGUAGUCCCAGCUGCUCGGGAGGCUGAGGCAGGAGAAUCGCCUAAGCCCAAGAGUUAGAGGUUGCUGUGAGCCGCGUGACGCCACGGCACUCUACCCGAGGGCGGUACAGUGAGACUCUGUCUCUACAAAAAAAAAAAAGAGUAGGUAAAUUUAGAGUCAGGAAUGAUGGUUAUGCCAAACAACCACAGAUAUUCACAUGGGUGGCUCAGAGAGUGAUACCUUGGCUUUCAAUGUAUGCAAACUUUGCUUCAUGUGCAAAAUCAUUAAAAGUAUUGCAUGAGGGUGAGGGGUUCUUCUACAAAUGGAAUUUUACCCUGGAAGUGAGAACAACAUAACCUAAAUAUUGUACCCUCAUAUUAAUUUUAAUAAAGUUUAAAAACAAA